AUGCGAGUCUGUCAUUACGAUUUACUGUGUGUAGCACGCAAUGCUACUGCUGAGGAGAUAAAAAAAGCAUACCACAAAAAAGCGCUUGAAUGGCAUCCCGAUAAAAACCAUGAAAGAAUAGAGGAAGCGACAAAACAGUUUUCAGCGAUUCAGCAAGCUUAUGAAGUUCUUUCGGAUCCGAAUGAACGGUCUUGGUAUGAUAGUCAUAGAGAUGCGAUAUUGAGAGAUGAUGAGGACAUUUACGACGAUUUUGAUAGUGAGGAUAUUGGGCGUAGAAAAUAUCGUGGACCUACAGUCGCGGGAACUACCACCAAUGAUCUGAUGAGGUUUUUUGACGCAGGAUGUUUCUCGGGAUUCGAUGAUAAUCCAAAAGGAUUUUUCACCAUAUAUAGAAAUCUUUUCGAGAAAUUAGCAUACGAAGAAGAAGAAGCAUUCGCCAAUGAAUUCGACAUCGAAGACAGUGCUGGAUUUAUAAACUUGCCAUCAUUUGGCACAAGCACCACGCCUUCUGAUUUCGAUGAAGAAACUUCGGGUAAUCCGAUCAAACUGUUUUAUACGGCGUGGCUUGGUUUCUCGACACGAAAAACGUUCAGGUGGCUUGAUAAGUUUAAACUAUCAGAGGCACCUGAUCGCCGUGUAAAGAAAUUGAUGGAGAAGGAGAAUCAAAAAGAGCGUGAGACUGGACGAAGGGAUUAUAACGAAGCUGUUCGAGAACUAAUCAGCUUCGUCCAAAAACGUGAUCCUCGCUGGAAAUCCUACCUCGAAGUACUUCAACGACGAAACCAAGAACGGGUCGCACAAGCAAAAGCACGCGCUGUUCGUGACCGCGCACAACACAUUGCCGAACUGCAAAACUACACGGAACAAGAAUGGGCAAAAAUCGACGAGGAAGGACUCGACGAAGACACCGAUCAGCAAGACGACGACGAGGAGGAACUCGAAGAGUUAUAUUGUCCGGCGUGUAAUAAGAGUUUUAAACAUGAUAAACAAUGGGUUAAUCAUGAACAGAGCAGGAAACAUUUACGAAAUGCUUAUUUGUUGAGGAAAAAGUUGUUGUCUGAAGAAGGGGAAGGAGAGGAGGAUGAGUCGUCAGCGGCCGUGACAGCGGAAAAUUCUGAUCAAGAAAAUAACAAAGAUGACGGACUAAAAAAUAAUAAAAAGAUAAAUAAUCAGAAAGAUAGCAUAUCAACAUCCAAAUCGAAAUCUUUUCACGAAGAAACAGAAGAUGGCGAAGAUGAAGAUGUAAAAUUAUCAGAUUUAUUAAGUAAACAGGCUAAAAUUUCUAUAAAAUCUAAUAAAUUAAAAGAGUCUGAGGUGAUGGCAGACGAGUCUGAAUCAUUGCAAGAACAAGAACAACAUUCAGUAAUAGAUAACAACAAUCUUGAUCAUAACGACACAAAUCUGAACAAACAAUCACCGUCACAACCGAUAUCGCCAAAUAUCAAGAAAGAAAAACGUAAAGAGAAAAAGAAAGCUGAGGCAAUUCAGAACAAAUGUAAUGUCUGCGCUACGUCGUUUUCCUCCAGAAACCAGCUUUUCGCACAUAUAAACAAAACGGGACAUUCGCUGGCUGGCGGUGGCAAAUCAGUAAAAGGAAGCAAGAGUAAAGGACGAAAAUGA